UGAGGAGCUUUUGUAGACUUGUAGAUAGAGAAUCAUCACAAAUGCUUUGAAUUGGUCUUUGUGUCAACCAAUAGUAUAGAAUCUUAUCUUAAUGGGCUCUCAGAUUCUCAAAAUCUCACCUUUUGCUUCUUCUUCAAUUUUCAACGCCACUCCACUCUUGAGAUUCCAAGCCAAAACGGUAUUCACCAUUUCUAAGACCCAAUUCAGAAUCAGGUCAAAUCCCCUCAUUUCCUCAUCUGGGUUUGUUCCUUCAAUUAAUAAUAAGAGAGGUUUGAGAGGUGGGAUUGUUGCUAUGGCUGCUGCAACAGGAGGGUCCGUUCAGAAAUCAGAGGAGGAGUGGCGUGCUAUUCUCUCCCCUGAGCAGUUCCGUAUUCUCAGACAGAAAGGCACUGAGUAUCCUGGUACUGGGGAGUAUGACAAGUUUUAUGGUGAAGGAAUCUACCAAUGUGCAGGAUGCAGUACUCCCCUCUACAAGUCCACAACAAAAUUCAACUCAGGUUGUGGUUGGCCAGCUUUCUUUGAGGGUCUUCCUGGAGCUAUUAAUCGCACU